AUGGACAAGCAGUUCUCUCGUCACCCUCAGAACGGCACAGCGAGGGCUGGCCAGCCGUACGCGCUGUCGUGCGAGGUGGCGUCUUCGCCCGCCGCCACCGUCUCCUGGCUGAGGGACGGCCAGAGCUUGUCUCAUGAUGACAGAUACAUUUUCCUGAACAACCAGCUGCUUUUCACACAAAUAAGAAAAGAAGAUGCUGGUGUGUACAAAUGUGUAGCAACAAAUACGUACCUGAACAAGAACCGCAUCAGCGACUCCGCGUGGCUGAGGGUGGAAGACCCAGUGGAUGAGGAGCCGGCUCUACUGGACAUCCAGGGUGGAGUCAACAUCACAGCGGCGAGGCACAGUCGAGUCCGGCUGCUGUGUCUUGUCACUGGCUGGCCUAGACCUAAGAUAACAUGGGAAAUAACGGACUCCACGGGGCGGACGGCCACCAUGGAGUACACGGAGGAGAUCGUGGACCUCACCAGCCUGGAGCUGGACCUGGAAGGCGUCUACAAGUGCUCCGUGGACGGAUUCACACACGUUUAUAAGACCUUCAACGUGACCAUGACAGAACCGGUCACCAUAACCCUACCCCCGGUGUCCAAGGAGGUGAUCCGGGCGAGCACCGUCCGGUUCAACUGCACCGCGACCGGACGGCCGGCCCCCACCGUGACGUGGUACAAGGAUGGACAGCCACUAGUCCUUGGCGGACGGUUCAAUCUUCGCUCUGCUAAUUUUGGGUCCCGAUACGAGCUGGUCAUUGGCGGUGUCACAUCUGCUGAUGCAGGCAUAUACCAGUGCUUCGCAAGCAGCCUGGGCUCAGUAGCAUCAGGCUGGGCGUCGCUGGGCGUGGGCGGGGCCAGCGCUGCCGCGCCCUCUGGCGUCAAAUGCUGGCCGCUGGCUGCCAGGGUGGUGCUGAUCCGCUGGGAGCGACCCAUGGGGGACGUCAUGGCGUAUACCGUGCAGACUACGUUGCCUGCGUAUCCAGGGCAGCCUCAUUCAAAUACAGAAGAAACAAUAACAGUCAGUGAGCCUCUCACUCCCUACGGUUUCCAGGUCCGAGCCUACAUCAAGGGGACCGGCAAGAACAUAGCUAGCGACAUGUCGGAGCCACCGAUCGUCUGCCAGGGACAAGGAGUUCCGGUCCAAAUAUCGAAGAAAGGCGAGGACUCUGUCCUGGUCUCCUGGAAGGAGUUCGCGCAGGAGACUCCAGGAGUUGUCCAGUGGAUGCUGCAGUACCGCCGCGACAACUCCUCGCAGGAGACCAACGUCACGUUGCCGGAGAACGUGCACAGCUACACUUUGCCAGCGUCUGCAGCCGCGCCAUUACAAGUCCGCGUGCUAGGCUCGCGCUCUGAAGAGUGGCUGCCUCUGAACCUGACGCUGCUGCCCUGGAGCCCCACGGCCGGCCGCGACGACGCCGGGGAAGUGUCGGUGGUGCCACGCGACGUGCGCGUGACGGGUGUAUGGGCGCGAGCGUUCGCGCUGCGCUGGCGCUGCGAGCGCUGCGAGGCUUACGCUUUUCUCGUCUGUGCGAGGCGACCAGACGGCUCCAGCAAAUGUAUUGACAGCUACAACAACUCUGCAACAGUGGAUGGUUUGGACCCCGAGACGGAGUACGAGGUAGAGGUCCAAGCUCGCAUCCCGGGCCGCUCGACCGGCGGGCCCUUCAGCCUGCCGCAGUCCGUCACCACUCUUAGAGAGGUUCCAGAGAUGUUCAAGGACCUAACCUGGCGCUUCGAGAACGCGACAGCAGUUCGAGUAUCCUGGAACGCAGCGCCCGCCAAGUACUCCGUGUCCUACAGCUCCGAGCUUAACGUGCCCGUGGAAAUGUGGGACUCCAUCGACACCGUGGGCAACACUGCUUUGAUCACGGACAUCGACCCCACAAGAGACACCUACGUCAUGGUGACGAGCUACGACCCGCACGUGUACAGCCCCAUCAAGACCAUACCGGCGCAAAUAUCAGAAGCAAAAGACCUUCAGUCUUCGUUCACCCGCUCGGGCGUGGAAGUGCGCUGGGCGGGCGGCGGGCCGCGCGUGGUGCGGUAUUCCCAGAACCUCACGCACUCGCUCGACCUCUGGCCCUCUUUGAACGCCACCGGAUCUAGCAUUGAGAUCACGAACCUGGACCCGUCCCUGCCCACGUACGUGAUGGUGGCGGCGCCGGGCCAGAGCCAGCGCAGCCAAGUCCUCACAGUCCCCAGCCGGCCCGUCGAGCCGCCGUCGCUGUUUCUAGGGGUGGGUAUUGGAGUAGGCGUGUGCCUGCUGCUCAUCCUGGCGGCAGCAGCGGUCUGCAUCUGGCGCAAGAGGAAGAGGGCAGGCACUCCCUUGAGGGCCCGUCGAAGGCACUCGUCGGCGAAUGAUGACGACGACGAGGAAGCCGCCGAGAUGAAGACCGUGGGCGGGCGGCUGGCCAACGGGGGCGGCUCCAAGGACGCGGGCGAGCCCCUGCUGAAUGGACACGUGCACAUCACCGAGAACCCGCAAACAAAAACACCAAACGGCAACAUGAAGAAGGGCCGCAUGCCGUUCGACCUGUCCCGCCUCGAGGACCCCGACAGCACUUUAGAGACGGUCCUGGACGCCGACGCGUCUGCGCUCACGCUCGACCUGUUGGACACGUCGCGGCCCCCCGAGCGGCCCCCCGAGUGGCCCCCCGAGCGGCCCCCCGAGUGGCCCCCCGAGCGGCCCCCCGCGCCCGAGGAGUCGUUCGCCAAGCUGCCCGACGACAACAUGAACUCCGAGCUCACCCGCAGCGCCUUCCACACCGACAACAGCAAAAUUCAACCCACGCUUCAACCCAACGGUUGAGGACCCCCCCGCCCCUCCCUCCCAGAACUACACGCGGGGUAGGCGGCCCCCGAAGCCUAACGGUUUCACGCGUCGAUUCGAUGAGAUUGUACAGAACCACUUUUUUCUAGUUGUCCGACGGAGAUACGAUUAGAGGCUCGUUUUCGCGAGGAUAGCUUGGCGUUUCGUUCCUAAUAGACUUUAAUUUAAGGCUGAUUUUUUUUGUAAAAAAUACGGGUAUGAACCGAUCGGAAAUAGCUCCUGUUCCCACGCACGUUGAGUUAUUCUCGCUUAAACCGCGUUCACACACCGCGAUAGCGUCGACGUGUUGUCUGUUAUUGAUGAUGUAUAUAGUGCCCGUUUUAGGCGUAGACACAUGUAUAUAGAGUUAUAGGCCUGAGAUAUAGCGUCGAGACAAUAAAGUAGGCAUGACGCGGUAGCCUUCGCGACUGAGCGUACGAUUGUACAUAUAACUUAUACAUGUUGUUAUACAUAUAACAGUGCCUCCGAAGUACACAGUACACAUCUGUGAACACCGAGAUACAAAUAGUUACACAAUUAGUGCAACAUGAUCGUACAAAAUAUAGACCAAAAUAAAUCCAAACACCUGUAAUUACCUAAAUUCACAUAUAACACAAAACUAUUUAUUCAUGUUGAUAAAAAUAAUAAUAUAUUUAUUUUUUUCUAUUAUUAUUUUUUUGUUUACUUCGCUCAGUUCUUAGACAAAGCCUCAGAAGCUACAUUAUGUUACCUUCACACUUACAUUCCAGAAUUUUAUAUAUUUAACACACUAUAUCUCCGUACCUAUCUGUCUGAACGCACAGUUUUUUUAUAUAUCCCUGUUAUAGUUUUAUUAGCAGUUAUUUUUACACUCUAACAUUACACAAAGUUGUUUCAUUAGAUACUUAAAAACCUAAGAAAAAGUAGAUAGCAUAAAAGUAAUAAUAUGUAAUUGUAAAAAUAAUAAAAAUAUAUAAAAAAAAUAAUUUAUUACAACGAACUACUGAUAUUAAGAAACGUAAAAUAGUUUAUAAAGAAACGUUAUCGUUAUUAGAAAGUUACUAAACGUUAUUUAUGAGCUGACUUUUUCAACUUUUAAAAGUUAUACUUUCUUUUAAUCUAAAACUUAGGCCGUUCUCACACUAGCGUUUGCUAAGCGUGCGCGUUUCUCGUGCGUGUAACGGGCACACACGCUUAAUUUUUUGUCGGCAAAAUACAUUAUUUGUGAAUAAAAUGCUUCAAUCUUCUUUA